GCUGCGCCUUCGCUGCCUCAGCGCAAAGCCUUGUCCUUUUCUUGUUCAGCCUGUUGUGGCGCACAUAUACCAGCAUGGCCAGGUCAGAUGUCGUCCCGAAGCCUCUUGCCUCAAUGAGAUCCAGCAGCCGGUCCCGACGCGAAUCUUCUUCGUCAUAUAGUAGCGAUGCAUACUCGCCGCUCCCACCUGGACUUUGGACUCUGGAUGUACACGGUAACUGCUCGAAGUGCCACCACCACCACAGCUCCGCAAGAGUUCAAAUCAACAUCUCCCGUAGCCCCAAUGGUACCACUCACGUUAGGUGUGAAAGAUGCAGAGAGAAAUGGCUUACAUUUGGGGGCCGCAAUCAAACUCAACUCUCCUUGCUUUCCGUUGAUUCCGUUCCACCAAAUCCUACGGCGGUCCAUGUUCGAUACUCACUGAUCAACAUGAUUCGAUCAGCCACGGCUGUUGCAGCACUCUCUCCAGUCCUAGCGGGUAUUGCUGAGCUACCGACACCAGCUGUUCCGUCUCGUCAGCAAUCCUACCAUGUUACCUCGCUUGACGACCCUGGAGCGGUUGAUUCUUUUGGCCAUAUUGCGGAAGAUACUAUCCUGCAACCUCAAGUACUAGUAGGAUCGCCCACGGCCCUCUCAGUACAGCCAGGUAACACCCAAAGAUACGGGAUUCAUACAGGGAGAUAUAUUGCACAUCUCAAGGAGAAUCUAGGUUUGCGAUUCCCUGCACUCCAUCGAGCAAAUUUGAGUCGCAGGUUUGGCAUUACCAAACCGUCCAAAAUUUCUUCCAAUCGUUUGGGUAAACACCCUGUUAAAACAGGGAAUUCAAGAGAGGGAAUGCUGAACACCAAUUGUGAACCUAUCACCGUCACACCAGAGGAGUUCAUUCAGCAAGAGACAAUGCAGGGGCAGCCAAGUCAAGAGUCUGGUCGCUUUUUUGAAUCCCCUCUACCAAGUACUACAGCCGCACACUUUCUCGCAACAUUAGCCAGAGAUUCGACAAAUCUGGGUGCUUUGACUGAGGAAGAGAAAGUCAUCUGGGUGCGGGCAAAGUGCACUGAGUUUGCAGAAUGGGCCGCACAAGCAAGAAAUUCCCACGUCACGGUUCCUGUGGGGACGUCUAUUGACGCGACUUACACGAUACGGACCCCACAGCACGAGGAAGGAAAUCUAAGACAAAGGCUGCCUACUGACAUUCUCGGAGUGGGAAGUCACUAUGGUCUUUUCGACGGGCUUUACCCGAUGCGAGCGCACACACUCAGCAUCAGUCCAAACACCUCUGAAGCCGAGACAGCCGUUGACGACAACACCACUGUCGCGUCUGCUCCGCGCUACUCGUGGUCUGAACACCGUCUUCGGCGUAGCGGAGAGACCCGAUUUUGAUGAGAUGGACUGCUGUUCUAUUUUCAGAUUCUAUGACUCACGAAUGAAAUGUCUUUCGAGCCUAGACGCAAC